AUGUUUUUUUUCCUUCUCUUUUCGUCUCUCUUUGCUGUCUUCUUUCCCCUCUCCUGCGUUUUCUCACACCUUUCCUCUAUUCAUUCUAUCAACUCUCCCCACUUUUGCUUUGUUGCUCUCCUCCUCCUUUACCUCUUUCAUCUCCUCCCUCUUUCUCCUCUCUUCUUCUUCUCUCCUUCCCCUCUCUACUGUCUUCACCUCAGCCUUUCUCCACUUCUCUUAUUUUCUCCUUUCCUUCAUCGCUUUCUCAUUUUCUCUUUUCGCUGCCCUGUUUCAUUUUCCUACCUUCGUUUUCGCGUUGAGUCUCUCUCUCUCUCUCUCACUCCCAUUCUCUCUUCUCGCCCUCUUCUAACGCUCCCAUUGUCUUUCCCUGCAUUCCUUUUUCUUCCUUGCUUUCUUCUUUUUUUUUUUAUCACAACUCUCCUUUGCAUUUUCCCUCUUAUUCAGUCUCCUGUUUUUUUCUCCUUCCUCCGUCUACUCCUCACUUUCGUCUUACUCACCUUUUGCCUUCCAUUCACUUUCUCCUUCUUUACUCUCUCUUCUGUUCCACCCUCUUUCUCUAUUUUUUUCCACUCAUACCACUCACUUUUCCCUUUCACUCCUUUUUCCUCUCCUUGA